AAAGGAACCAUUUUUUAUCCUAACCGUAUCGUUCAGUAAUUCACGGCGCAGCGCAGUUAGCAGCGUGUGUGCUUCAUAAAAAUUAAGCGGUGUCAUUUUUUUUUGUUUUAAAUAUAUAUCCAUUUUAAAAGUAGCGCGUUGGCAGUCGUAAAACAAACCCAUUGUUAUAGCAAAAUAAUUGCUCGCUAACGGGGGUAAAGGAAUAGCUUAAACUGCUGGCAUCUUUAUCGCCAUUUUGAGCAUUCAGUAGCCCCCGACUUUUGCCAGAAGCAAGACAGCGGAUUUUGGAGCAUGGCAGAGGCCGACCGACCAGGGAAGCUCUUCAUCGGUGGACUGAACACAGAGACCACCGAGAAGGCCUUGGAGCAGUACUUCAGCAAAUAUGGCAGGAUUGUUGAAGUUCUUUUGAUGAAGGAUCGUGAAACAAACAAAUCAAGAGGCUUUGCAUUUGUUACUUUUGAAAGUCCUGCUGAUGCAAAGGAUGCAGCACGUGAGAUGAAUGGAAAGUCUCUUGAUGGCAAGCCUAUUAAAGUGGAACAAGCUACAAAGCCUCAGUUUGAGAGUGCUGGCAGGCGUGGACCUCCACCCAUGCACUCCCGUAGUCGUGGUCCGCCCCGAGGUCCGCGUGGAUCUAGGGGAGGUCCUGGUGGAAUGAGAGGCCCUCCAUCAAGAGACUACUAUGAUAAUUCAGGAAAUGUAGAACCCUUCUUUAAAGGGAUGUCAUCCAGAGGCCCCCCUCCAAUGAAGCGAGGGCCCCCAGUUCGAAAUGGAGGUCCCCCACCCAAGAGGUCAGCCCCAUCUGGUCCCAUGAGCAGACCUCCUAUGUCAAGGGACAGAGAUCCCUAUGGUCCACCCCCACCUCGCAGAGACUCCAUGAUGUCCAGGAGGGAUGAUUAUCCAUCACCAAGAGAUGACCAUUACAACUCAAAAGACAGCUAUUCCAGUCGGGAUUAUUCCAGAGAUUCGAGGGACUACGGACCACCUCCCAGAGAUUAUUCCUACAGAGAAUAUUCUAAUUCCACUUCCCGCGAUGACUACGGCUCAAUGUCAAGAGGAUACGGUGACCGUGAUGGUUACGGAGGAGGCCGGGAACCAAGAAGCUACAUGGAACGUCCCAGUGGUGGCUCCUACCGAGACUCGUAUGAUGGUUACGGUAACUCUCGCAGCGCCCCACCUUCAAGGGGCCCCCCACCAUCCUAUGGUGGGAGCAGUGGAAGCAGUCGUUACGAUGACUAUGGCAGCAGCUCCCGGGAUGGCUAUGGCAGUCGUGACAGUUACCCCAACAGUCGGAGUGACCCAUAUCCACCUAGCCGUGGUGAGCGAAUGGGCAGGCAGGAUAGGGGCCCAGCUCCCCCUGCCGAGAGAGGCUACCCUCCUCGUGACUCGUACAGCAGCUCAAGUCGUGGAGGGCCACGUGGUGGCCGUGGUGGCAGUCGAGCCGAUAGAGGAAUGGCUCGCAGCAGAUACUGAACUGGACUUGGAAAUAUUAAAGCAAACGUUAGUCUCCAUGCACACUUAAAAUGUGUUUUGGAAGAAAGACAAACUAGCCAUGUCUACAUUUGUGGAAUAUGAAGCUUAGCUUUGAACUGUAUCUUGACUUUCCCAGUUUUCUUUUUUUUUUUUAAUGUGUAAAAGUUUUUUUAAUUUCUCUUGCUUAUGUCAGUACAGUUACCAAGUGAGUGUUAGUUUUUGUACUUUCAGUGCUGUUGAAAUCUGCAAUGCCCUAUAAGUAUGGCUUUCCUAAUCAAAUAAAGGUUUUAGUUGUACCAUAACUACUUCUCAUCGAUUUUUCCAAACGGUAACAUAAACGUUACGUAACAUGAUCUCCUUAACAUGGUCCUCUGUAAAGCUUAGGUGAGUCUGCUCGUGUUACCUAAAUAUUCGAGUGAGAUGAGUUCAUUCUUACCACAAAUGUGCUUCCAUCUGGACGCUACUGUUUGCAAGGUUAGGCAAAUGUUACUGUCAGAAUCUUCCAAUGUAGUUCCUUGGAAAUGGAUCCAUCAACCUAGAGCCAUUUGAUGGCAUGCAACGACAAAACCAAAGGCAACAACAACCAAAUGCAACUCGACUGAUAGUCAACAGCUGGUAAGCAAAGCAAACCUCUUUGUUUCUCAUCUGUAAAUGAGUUUCUCAUUGUCCUGUAUUGCACACUCCACUCAAAGGGUGAUAUUCAAGAAAACUUUGGCUUCAAGGAACAAAAGGAAAAAAGGAAGUCAACUGAAAUGAACCUUUUCAUUGUAGUCCGUAUUCAUCAGUUAAAAUUGUCAAAAGUGCAGCAACAUCUCAAGACGUUUCUUCCCUUUUCAACAAUGAAUGCUUUUAACAACCAUUUUAACCACUGAGCCCCAGUGCUGGUUUUUUUUUUUUUUUUGCCUAACCAGUCAGCAUCAGUAAAGCGAUUGGCAACCGUGCAUUUUUUUUUUAUUUUUUAUUUUUUUACAUCAUCGGGUAAUAUUUAGUAAAAUUUUUUCUUUAUAAACAUCUGAAAGCAAUCUUUAAAUUAAGAAAGAUUUGCUCAGUAUCAAAAUCAUUUCCUUGAGCAUGCCAGUUCAAACAACGGGGACCUUUGGAAGCGCACAAUCGUCCAAACUACCAAACUGGAAAACAAUGACUGAAGCGAAUGUACAGUUGGACCAAGGACUACAAUAUCAUUUUCAGAUAUCUUAUAAAUACAUAAUUAAGAAAAGAGGACCACACUAAUAUGAUAUUCUUAUUGCAGGAUGAACAUUCCUCCAAGGCAAUUGCCCUUGCAACGUACCUGAGUAAUGUCCUCAAGUUGUUGGACCAGUUGAGCUCCAGUGCACCAGCAUAAAUAAGUGCUGGCACAGCCUUCGGUUCAGAGAUCGAGCUGAAUCUUCGCAUUGAGCAGCGCACUGAAAGUUGGAAGAAAUGCAUAGUGAUCACAUGCACUGUUUAUAUUGUUUACAAUAAAGGCUUUGAAAAAA